GAUCACAUGAUCUCCGUUAACCCGUUCAACACCAGCAUCUCUCUCCAAUACCUUUGCAGCUGUGGGCGGAAGCGGAAGUGUCAAGAAGGUAGACUAGACGGACAGGACUCUUCCAGAUUGCGGACUACAUGGAACCUGCCGCUUAGUAAAAUGACAGAUCAAGAGAACAACAACAGCAUUUCAACAAACCCAUUUGCUGCUCUCUUUGGGUCACUGGCAGAAGCUCAGCAGUUUGCCGCUGGGCAAAAGGAGCAGCUGCGACAGCAAACUGACGAUGCAGGGGAAAGUCAGGACGAUUCUGACAACAGCGUUUCAGAAAGCCUGGAUGACUGCGACGACUCUGUGGCGGAAAUAAGUCGCUCAUUUCGUUCCCAGCAGGAGAUCUGUGAGCAGCUGAAUAUAAACCACAUGAUCCAGAGAAUCUUUCUCAUCACCUUGGAUAACGGUGACCCCAGUCUGAAGAGUGGAAAUGGUAUACCGCAGCGUUGUGUGUAUCUGGAGGAGCUCGGCUCUGAACUCGAUGGGCAGGACUGGUUGGAUAUGGAUAAUGUAGAGCAGGCCGUGUUCACGCGGCUUCUUCUCCCUGAACCUGGGAAAUACAUGAUUUGCAUGACAUCCUCGGGAGCUCCCAAUUUGUCUGCAGAACGAGACGCAGGGGAAAAGCAUAUAAUUCCGUUCCUAUUUUCUUGUUUCCAGAGAGCCAAGAAAGAGGUCACUAAAGUGCCAGAGAAUCUACUGCCUUAUGCAGUGCGCUGCAAAGUAUUAACAGUCUCAAAUGUUCGUACUGUUUUGCUUACCCCUGAGAUAUAUCAAGGUCAGGAUGUUCCAGCUCAGGUUGUAGACCUCAUGCUUGAAGGUCUGCGUGGAGCAAACUUUGACGAGGUAGUGGAGUUUUUGGAGGAGGUCAUUGAAGCCCUCUUGGCUGAUGAGGAGGUGCACUCCUUCAGUGAAGUUUUUUAUCCUGUGUUUGAUGUGAUCCUGAAACGUGUGAAGGACUUGGAUCUGUGCCAGAUGUUGCUCUACACUUACCUUGAUCUCCUCCUCUAUUGCACUCGUCAGAAGGACAUUGCAAAGGUUUUUGUGGCGUAUAUUCAACCUCAAGAUCCGUCAAAUGGACACCAGUAUCAAAAGACGUUGCUGGGGGAGAUCCUUAGUAUUUCCUGCCUUCUGCGUACCCCAGGAGUAGUAGAAAAUCACGGCUACUUUCUGAAUCCUUCACGCUCUAGUCCACAGGAGAUUAAAGUGCAGGAAUCCAAUAUACAUCAGUUCAUGGCUCAAUUCCAUGAGAAAAUUUACCAGCUUUUGAAGAACCUUCUCCAGUUAUCUCCAGAUACCAAGCAUCUCAUCUUGUCCUGGCUGGGGAACUGUCUACAUGCCAACGCAGGCCGUGCUAAAAUCUGGGCCAACCAAGUUCCUGAAAUCUUCUUGCAGACCUAUGCUUCGGACAGCUUCUUUCUGAACCUGGGCGCUGCCCUUCUACGGCUGUGCCAGCCUUUCUGUAAACCAAAGUCGGCUCGCUUGUUGACCUUCAACCCCACUUACUGCGCUCUUCGAGAGAUUAAUGAAGAAGAGCAAAGGAGUCGGAACAUACACAUGAAGGGUCUGGACAAAGAGACUUGUCUUAUUCCACCUGCCGAUGACCAGCAACCAGACUUCCCUCAGAACUUUAACUUGGUGACAGAAAACCUGGUACUGACACAGUACACCCUUCAUCUAGGCUUUCACAGGUUGCAUGAACAAAUGGUGAAGGUAAACCAGAGCUUACACAGACUACAAGGAGCAUGGCGAGAUGCCCAGCAAAGUGGCAGCCCCACCGCCGAGAACCUACGGGAACAGUUUGAACGCCUCAUGACCAUCUAUCUCUGCUUGAAAGCGGCACUAAGCGAACCUCAAACGCUACAGAGCUGCCUGCAGCUUCAGGUCUCCACAGCACUUCUCUUAGUACAGAUUGCUUUGGGCAAUCGAGGCACAGAACCAGUGUCGCUCACCUUUCCCAUCCCUGAUGUGCAACACAGUGCCCUCGCAUACAUACCAGAAUUCUUUGCCGAUAACCUGGGAGACUUUUUCAUCUUCCUGAGACGGUUUGCAGACGACGUUUUAGAGACUGCUGCAGAAUCUCUGGAACAGAUACUGGAUUUUAUAACUGUGUUUACAGGCAGCGUUGAAAGGAUGAAAAACCCUCACUUGCGUGCCAAGCUGGCAGAAGUCCUGGAGGCGGUCAUGCCUCAUUUGGAGCAAACUCAAAAUCCACUUAUUUCCAGCGUCUACCACCGUCAGAGAAUCUUUUGUUCUUACCGACACGCACCACGUCUGGCAGAGGCUCUUAUAAAGGUGUUUGUGGACAUAGAGUUUACUGGUGACCCACAUCAGUUUGAGCAGAAAUUCAACUAUCGACGUCCUAUGUAUCCUAUCUUGAGAUACAUGUGGGGGCAAGACACCUAUCGAGAGGCCAUAAAGAAACUGGCAGAUUACGCUGCUGAAAACCUUGAGGCUGUAAAUCCACCUCUCUUCUUGCGCUUCCUAAAUUUGUUGAUGAACGACGCUGUAUUUUUACUAGAUGAGGCCAUCCAGUACCUAAGCAAAAUUAAAGUUCUGGAGAUAGAGAGGGACCAGGGAGAGUGGGACGGGCUGAGCGCCGACAACCGACGGGAGAAGGAGUCCAAUCUGCUCAUGUUCGGCCAGUUAGCCCGAUUUCACAAUAUUAUGUCAAAUGAGACAAUUGGAACCUUGGCUUUCCUCACCUCAGACAUUCGUUCGUUAUUCAUCCAAUCAUUUCUCUCAGAACGGAUCAUCUCAAUGCUUAACUACUUCCUCCAGCAUUUAGUGGGCCCUAAGAUGGGAGCUUUGAAGGUCAAAGACUUCAGCGAAUUUGACUUCAAGCCUCAGCAGCUCGUUUCCGAUAUCUGCACCAUCUACUUGAACUUGGGAGACGAAGAGAACUUCUGUGCCUUGGUGCCAAAGGACGGUCGCUCCUACUCGCCAAUGCUUUUUGCUCAAACUGUGCGAGUGCUAAAGAAAAUUAAUAAGCCAGGAAAUAUGAUUGUUGCAUUCACAAACAUGGCUGAAAAGAUUAAGUCCUUAGCGGACCAGCAGCAACGAGAAGAAGAGACUUACGCCGAUGCCCCUGAUGAGUUUCUGGACCCUAUAAUGAGUACCGUCAUGUCCGACCCUGUUAUUCUACCCUCCUCUCGUGUGACUGUGGACAGGUCAACCAUUGCUCGACAUCUACUUAGUGACCAAACCGACCCAUUUAAUCGCAGCCCUCUGACUAUGGAUCAAAUUAAACCAAAUCGUGAACUGAAGGAGAAGAUCUUAACGUGGCUGUCUGAGCGGAAGCAGCAGAGUGAAGACAACAGAAAUAAAGCGUUAUAGACUGACUUAUAAACUAAAAUGUGCGGUACCCAUCGCUUUAAUAGCAGAAUAGUUCAGAACCUGCUCUCGCGCUUCCCCUGCUGCGCAGCCGGAUUAUAUGGGGAGAGAAUUGGGGGCUGAGCUGAGGAGAAGAUUUGGAGGAAGCAGCUACAGGGGAUAAUGUGGCAGUUUCUCCCAUGUAACAUAUAUUUAACUACAAAGUGGUCUUGAGGAGUCAUUUUGACUAUUGCCUGCUCUUGUAAUUUGGGAAUGUUUGUAAGACUAGCACAGUAGAUACAUCCCCACCUUAUACGAUCCAGCACUUUCAUUUACAGGCAUAUCCUCAACUAUGUAAUUUAUGUAAUUCUUGGAGAUAUUUUAUUUUACACGUUUACAGCAGAGGUAGGCAAGCUUUUUUUUAAAAAAAUUCAGUGUUGUCCAACCACAGAUCUCUGCCUUUUCUUGCUGUGAAAUCAAGUUCAACUAUGGCGACUUCACGUGAAUGGUUUGUCACCUAUGCGGUAAGACUGAGCCUGUACAUUGAGACACAUUUAGAGUCUACAAACACCUUCUGGGGCAAUUUGUUUUUUUGCAGUUGCAAUUUACCGAAUAAAAAUAUAUAUUUUUUUUGUUGGUCUAUAUUACAAAAUGUCAGCAAUUUUUGUCAUAAAGGGUUAAGCUUUAGCCUUGUGAGUAUCUUAAAGGGGUUAUCCAAGUUCUAUAAGCCCCCCACAUGCCCGGGCCCCUCACAAAGGUUGUACUUACUUUGCUCCCGGGCACCCGCGUCGCUUCUCAUACCGGCACGGCCGCCGCUGCAUCUGCCCGUCGCCCCGAUUAAAACAUUUGGGGGGGUCAUGGGG